AUGCUUCUAUCUGUUCCUUCACUUCUCCUACUGCUUCACUCCAUCUCUGGGGUGAUAGCUGCACCUAAGGACAAUAUCGAUCUUACCUACGAUAGAGAUGGCGAAUAUGAUUCUCAUCUCUCAAAGAGCACCAGGGCCAAGAUCAGUGUCGACAACGACUACAAAGUCCCCGGCGAGACACAGCCCAAUUAUCACAUCCUAAAGGCUGACACCAGCGUCACUCAGCUCGGCGUCGACCCUAUUGUCUGUCAUGCUGACGACAAGGACGAUGCCGAUGAUGAUGACGAUGACGACGAGGCCAGCAAUGAGAAGCGUAGUGUCUUGCAUCAGCUGUUUGCCAGAGCCCUUACUGAUGAUCAGACGAAGGCAUUGAAGCUUCACAAUGAUGCUCGCAAGAAGGUCAAGGUUAGCGCGCUCAAGUGGGAUACCAAGCUUGAGGCCGAUGCUCUCGCCUACGCCAAGAAGAUUGCAAAGGCUGGGAAGAUGACUCACUCUGCGGGUAAGGACCGUCCCGGACAGGGCGAGAAUCUUGCGUACGCUUGGGCCAGCAAUGGAUUUAAGAACCCCAUCACUGCUGGAGCCACGGGCUGGCUUAACGAGAAAAAGAACUACAAGGGAGAGGCCAUUCCAAAGGGUAACUUCUCUACCUAUGGCCACUACACUCAAGCUGUCUGGAACAAGUCCACCAAGAUCGGUAUCGCUACCGCCAAGGAUAAGAAGGGCGCUUGGUACACAGUUGCUCGGUACACUGCUGCUGGCAACGUUGUUGGCAAGAAGCCAUACUAA